CAGCUGCAGCCAGCUGCAUUUUCUGAGGCAACGAAGAGGGGAGGGUCAGUCAUCGGUGGGAGGGAUGCUCGCAGAAUACCCUGAUCUGCUAGCUAUAGUAAUGAAGCAGCAUUGCUAACUAGUACCAGCUACGUGACACGCGUUAGUUAUCGAACCUCCAUAACGGGUGGCUGUCCGGCUCCUCGUCAUUCUUCACCGUGUGUUCGAGCAGAGGCCGCCGCCGGUCAAUCAAUCAGGGGCCGCCGGUGUUGUUAACCUUCGGAAGAACGCGGAAGUGUCAUUCAGCGUAAACCCUUUGACACAUUGCUGACAACAUGGCUGAAUUUAGCAUCGACCAGAAAAAACUGCCUCCAGUAAAAGAUGUGUGUCGUGACUUUGCAGUGCUGGAAGACCAUUGCCUGGCCCAUAACCUCCAGGAGCAAGAGAUCGAGAGCCACCUGGCGUCCAACGUCCACAAGAGUCGCCUGGCUCAGCACGACCUGAAGGUGGCCAAGCUGCUGCAAGAGGAGGAGGACAUGAGGGCCAAGGCCCAGAGCAAGAGACAGUUCCGGGACCUAGAACGCCAAGAUAAUGAGAUCGCACAGGGGAUUCAGGAGGAACUCGUCCGACAGGCUGAGCAGCAGAUACUUCAGGAAGAAAAGGACAUGGCCAUCGCGCGUAAAAUGCAGGAGAAGGAGAUGAAGGAGGAGAGGAAGAGACAGAAGAAGCUGGAGGCUAACUUUGAGGAGGAGUACUUCGAGGAUGAAGGAGGGCGCCCAGACAAAAAGGGCCAUCCCGCCCCCAGGUCGCACAGUGGCUCCCCGGGCCGCUUCGACGAGCCCCCCGCCUCGGGUCGCCCCCGGGAAGAGCGUUUCCGCGAGGACCCCGCGUCCCCCUACAGCCGCUCCCAAAACCCCAAGCACUACCUGGCGGCGGAGGGCGACGCCCACCCCGAGCACUCGCUGCCCCCUAGAGGCCGCCACGGGGAUAGGCCACCAGGGGACCACCCGGGGCCCGAGGCAGGCCGGGCCCGCGGCCCGAGGGGGGAGGAGGCGGAGAGGGUGGUGCGGAGGAAGGAGAGGCCGCCCAGGCCCCCCCCCAUUGACCUGGACCGGGACUGGGACCGGGACCGGGAGAGGGACCACGAGAGACAGCGGAACAGGGAGAGGGAGAGAGUGAGGGACAGGGACAGGGAGAGAGACCCCCGGCGGGGCCCCGAGCGACCCAGGGCCCGGGGGCCGGCCGGGGACCACCACAGGGAGCCGGACAGACAGAGAGACACGGACAGACGGCGGGCCAGAACACCGAGCCGGGAGCGGGUUCUAGAGGAGGAGGGGAUCCCGAGGAAGGACAGGACGUCAUGGGGCGAUGAAGAGGUGGAGGGGGUGGUUGGUGGUGGUGACGAUGGGGGGGGGGAUCGGAGGGGCAGGGGAGCCGGGGGCCGGCAGCGCGUGCCCUCGGACCCUGACGCGGUGUUCGAGGAGCACUGGAGCGGCGACGGGCCUCGGAGCAGGGAGGGUCCCGGCAGGGAACGCUGUCACACGCACCCUCCCGGAGAACCAGGUACAGCCCGGAGCUCCCCCCAACCGGCUCCUCUGGACGCGGCAGGGGGUGCGGUCGCCGGUCGCAUCGUGCAUCGCGCCGGCGGCACCGUCAUCGCGGGCCAAGAGUACGGCCUGAGCGACGCCACCCAGGGCCUGACGCGCCUGGACCUCCGCGACCAGGAGGUCAUCGACAUGGAGGUGGCGCGGAGGCUGCAGGAGGAGGAGAUCUUGGCGAGCAAUAAAGACAAGCACGCUGCCCAAGUCGCUCAGGAUGAGGAAAUCGCUCGGCUUCUGGCGGAGCAGGAGAAGAAGGAGUACAAGAAAAUUAAGGAGCGGGAGAAGGAGAAGGAGAGGAUGAUGAUGGACAGGAUGGCGCAGGACAAGAAGAGACAGGAGGCAGGCCUCAGGCCUCACGCCGAGGACGUGGUCCGUCCGCGGGACGCGGGCCGGCCCCGCGACGACCACGGAGGGCCCAGAACACGGGAAGAGUUGGAGCACCACAGGCAGAGGAACCACAACAAGCCCACCAGACCCCCUCAACCCCGCACCCCAAACUACGAGAACGUGAACCCCGGCCCCCCCUACGGCUACUCCGACAACCCCUUCCCCCCCCGGGGCAACACCAGGCCAGAGGCGGCCUACAAAGGUGGCUAUUACAGACAGUGACUCAAGCUCCCUGUACUGGCCAGCUGUCCUUAUUUUGAUUUCAUACCAUUCUCCUCAUACCCUUGUUUGUAUUAUUAUUUAAUAUGUUUGUACUCAAGGAUCUGUGCUGUGAUCGACUGAGAGGUUUGGGACAAUCACUGAGUUGCCAAAAUGAAAUAUAUAUUUUUGAACCUCCCUAAAGUUGAGAGAAACCAAGUGUCUUGAGAGGGCCGCUGGUAUUUUUUCCUUUUUUUGGCUUUAAAAUUUAUAAAAUUGUACUGUAAUUCCUUUUUAAGUUGCCGAGCACCGAGCUAGGCCAAAGGAGCGGGCCCUGGGACCUGAACUCUGAUGAUUCUCCGCUGAGGGACCGUCGUCCAUUGCUGUUCCGUCCUCUUUGUCAAACGUCUGCAUCACAAGGGCUUCAUUCGCCUCCGCCGGAUAGCCCCGUGGGAUGUGGCUCCAUGCUCCAUGCUCCAUCACGGCUGCUAGUGUCUUAAAACCAAGAUGGCUACCGCUUCUCAAUGCUGGACUUCGCAACUCUUGUCCUUUUAUAUCAUCAUGCCGGGAGUCCGGGCUGUUCGACGUAGUCUCAUGCUGCACACGACUCGUGUUAUUUUAUUUUUUUUGAACGGAAGUGUUCUCAAUUCUCUUUAUCUUCAUAGGUGUGGAACGACAAAGUACAAAACAACCGUAUCGAAAUGCUGGGUCCAGACACAAGGAGUCUGUCUGGUGGGGUUCUGCAGACUUGUAGCGCGUGCGGUGUCGGCCGUGAGUGGUCUCACUGUCACUGUUUUCUAACUCUCUUGCCCUUUGAUGAAGGGAACGGGUACUACUGGUGGAGAGCGCGCCGAGGGCGCUCUUGCGUGUGGCUCUGUGUUUCCAAGUGCAUGCUUACUGUGCGGUUACUGAUCGGUGCGGUGUACUGUGUGCACAUGCGUUUCUCUCUGAGCUGGCUCCCCCACUGCUGUCUGCAGGUGGCACUCGUGUGAAUUUGGGAAUAAGCGCUAACUAAUUUAACAAUACAGUAUACGAUAUAUUAUAUAUUACCUUCUGCCCCUUUUUUAAUCCAGUAUUUGUUAUUGAGCGAGUGUUGUCCAAAUGAAAGCCAGUCGUCUGUCCUCUUUGCAGCCUGCGGGGAACAGCAUAAUGAAGUGCAUGUACAUAAUGUGUCUGUGUCAAACAUGUAGAGUCCCAGUUCUGCUCACUUUGUGAAACUGAAUCAUUUGUUGUUUUGUUGUUUAUUUAAGUGUACAUAACGUUUCACUCAUGCCUUUUUGUUAUUCUCCUCCCAAUUGCCGAGGCGUCAGGAUUCUAUCCCCAAUCCUUUUCAUCUUGACAUUAGUACUUGUUUUUUGUUUUUUAAUUGUUUUAUUAUGGUAUUUUCUCUUAUUUUGCUGAUCUGAAAUGACUCGGUCUCCCUUGUGUUCUCCGGCCAAUGCCCUUCCCCUCUGUCUGACUUCCAGCCCUUUUAUGGUCUCCUCUGCUCAAACACUAGCAAGACUUCCUGUCCCCAGUAAGAGCAAACAUUUCCAGAGAAGAGCGCGCGCGCGCGCACACACGCACACACGCACGCACACACGCACACACACACACACACACACACACACACACACACACACACACACACACACACACACACACACACACACACACACACACACACACACACACACACACACACACACACACACACACACACCGAGAGAGGAGGAUGAUCGGAUAUAAAGGGGAUUAUUUUGCUAUGUAUUAUCAGGGUGCCACAGCCAGUUAUUUUUUUAUUAUGUUCAUAUUGAAUAAAGACGGGCAACACUUGUAUGAGCUAAAUCAAACAAUUUGGACCAGCUGUCAAGGGACUAAUUCUGUGAUCUUUUUGGCUCAGAGAUUGAUUUAUAUUUUUAUUGUUUUGAUCUUAGUGUAUAUUUGCGUUUUUGAAGACGAAGAAAUUACUAGAUCGCAUUGUUUUUUGUUUUUUAUUGCAAGUAGAUUGCAUUGGUUCUUUUUUAAUUAAUCUAUAAAGUUAUAUAUGCUGACAAGAAGGGAAGCUGUGCCAUUAUAUUUUUUGUGUUUUCUUUUGAACACGAAGUAGAAUUCUGAGCACUUGAUUGGCUGCAGAAAUUAGGCUGAAAAACAGGUCAAAGCGACGCUCCAGUUUUUUGAAAUGGCGACAUCAUGUGGACGCGUUGGUAGAAGCGAAAUUUCAAAAGCUUUCUAUAAGUUGAAAUGAUUGUACGAUGGCGAUAAUUGCAUUGAUCACAAUUUUGGCUUUGAUUGCAAUCCAAACCAAAAUGUCAGUAUCAGGUUCUAAUUUUCUUUGUUUUCAUCUAGGGCAUGUAUGCAAUCUACCUAUGAUAAUUCAACUUCGUUGUGUAAGCACUUACUGUAACUGGAUUUUUUUGGGGGGGUUGAUUGAAUAAAUCCUGUUUUUAAAUUUAA